AUGGAAUCCCUCGCUGGUACAAGCUGGGAUGUCGUGAUUGAGGGGACGGGACUGCAGCAGUCUCUACUGGCACUGGCUCUGUCGCGAUCGGACAAGAAGGUGCUUCACGUCGAUGGAAAUAACUACUAUGGUGGCUCCGAAGCUGCCUUCAGCUUACAGGAAGCAGAGGCUUGGGCGGUGAGCUUAGCAGCUACCCCUGUCGCGCCAUUCUCAAAGGUGUCAUUGCGGAAAGCAGAAACGAGCACGUCGAGUGCGAAGAAGCUGUCCCCUUCACGGGCGUACACUCUUACACUCUCGCCGCAGAUCAUAUAUGCCAGAUCCAAGCUCGUCUCGCAGCUGGUAUCUUCACAAGUCUACCGACAACUGGAGUUCCAGGCUGUGGGGAACUGGUGGUUAUAUGAAAAUACCUCUGGUGUCUUCCCGGCUGCGCAUGAAGCUGGAACGCUGAAGCGCAUGCCGAAUGGUCGAGAAGAUAUCUUCUCGGACAGGAGCAUUGACGUCAGAGCCAAGCGCGGACUGAUGAAGUUCAUCAAGUUCGUGGUUGACUUUGAGAACCAGACAGGUGUAUGGGAGACCCAUGCUGAUACUCCCUUCGUGGAGUUUCUGUCGUCACAGUUCCAGCUGCCUCCAUCUAUGCAGACAUAUCUUGUUGCCUUGACUCUGUCAUUGGAACCCCCGGGAGUUACAUCUGUUCGAUAUGCCCUGCCUAGGAUUGCGAGACAUCUUACGUCAAUUGGUGUAUUUGGACCUGGCUUUGGGGCAGUAGUCCCAAAAUGGGGUGGGGGUGCAGAGAUAGCACAGGUUGGAUGCAGAGCUGGCGCUGUUGGGGGCGCUGUCUAUGUUCUGGGCACCGGCGUUUCUGACGCCGACACUGGGUCGACCGCGGUUAGCCUCAAAUUGACAAAUGAUGAGGCUGUUCAGUCAGAGUACUACAUCUCUUCGCAAGAUAAGGCCAUCAAAGAAAUAAACUCGGACACCCCGACGGUUUCCAAGCUCGUCGCCAUCGUUUCCUCCGACCUAUCGUCUCUCUUCGUUUCAACCGUGGAAGGCGCCCCGAUAGCAGCGGUUGCAGUCGUCGCCUUCCCGGCCGAUGCGGUCGUUGUUGAUGGUCAAAGCUCGACGCACCCGAUAUUUAUCAUGGUGCAUUCGAGUGACUCUGGGGAGUGCCCUCAAGGACAGUAUGUGCUAUACGCCAGUACCACCAAUAUUCGGAACCCGAAAGGGCGCUUGGAAGCAGCUCUGUCAAAGCUUUUAAAAUCCGCGGAUGCUCCACGUGCAGACGCGGAAGGUUCGGAGCAGGAUGCUGUUCUCUUCGAGAUGUAUUAUGAACAGUCCCGUUCCUCAACUUCAAACCUGGCGUCUAGCACUUCAUGUGCCUUGCCGUCUUCAUCAUUGGACUUGUCAUUUGACGACUCUAUAUUGGAUGACGUCGAGGACGCAUGGCGUCGUAUUAUGGGGAGUCCUGAAACGGAAUCUCCAUAUAUGGUGUUCGAGACUCGAGAGCAAUUGGAUGAUGAUGAUGAUAAUGGCAUGGAUGGACUAUAA